AUGCCCCCUUCUCCGAAACCUGGAGGGCCAGAGAGCCUGCUGGAGAGAAAGGAGGCAUCGUCAUGCUCCUCCUUGCCAGCCACUCUCCUCCUGAGCCAGCAGGGCAGAGGUGGGCACAGAGGUGCUCAGCAGAAACACCACGCCUCUGCUGGCACAGGGCAGAGCCAGGCGCUGCUGCGCUCUUCCUCACCAGCCGAGAUAUGGCGGUCUGGAGAUCUGUUGUCAUUGCUGGAGCUCUCCACCGCCCUCCAGUUCGUGGCUUCCGAAGGAGCUGAAGGCCGGCCGCAGACGGAUGGAGCCUCCGCGCGGGGAGGCAGUCUACCCGGCAGCCGCGCCGCGCCACGGGGAGGGCUCUGCCAACGGGGCGAACAGACCGCCGGGCCGGACGGACCUUGGUGGGACCCAGCAGGGCCCUUCAAGGCGCGCGCGCUCCCCGACCCGGGUCCGUCACGCGUCCCGACGUUCGCGGGUCGGGGCGGGCGGGCGGGGGCGGGGCCGGCCGCCGGGGCGGCGCUGACAUCACCGGCGAGCGGCGCGGUUGGGCGAGGCGGGCUGAUGUCAAGGCGCGCGGCCGGCCGCCUGGCCGCCCCCCCAUCCGCCGAGCCCAUGGAGAGCCCCGAGCGGCAGUCGCCCCCUCAAGCGUCUCACCUGCUGCCCGGGUCCCCGGGCAUCCCCGGCGCCUUCUCUGCACCAUCCCUCGUGCCCCCUGCAGGCCGGCUCCCCCGGGCUCCCCGUCCCCACCGGGAUCUGGCCAGAGCUCAUCCCCGGAGGCUCCCGUUGCCCUCUAAGGUGCUGCUGGACCCGAAUCCCACUGCCCUGCCGCAGACCCGCGUGGCUGCCCUCGGAAACCUGGGAAGGGCUCCUUGCAAAAGCGUCCUCCAAAUGCUCCUGCCCGUGAGCAAGUGGCGCGGCGGCGGCGUGAAGCCCGAGCUCUGUUGCAGCCGUGCAGAAGAUCCUGGGGCACGCUCCCAGCAGGGCACCCGGUGGCUUGCCCAGGGCCUCCUGGCUGGCUUCUGCAGCUGGGCCGGCCCUGGCACGGGGAAAGGCCACAGCGGGGCUCCGGACCUGCAGUUUGGUGUGACUCUGGAAAGCGCCACACGCCCAACACUGCUGCAGAAAGUGCCCGUGAAGCUGUCCUCUUCAGAUUCUCGGUGGCCUGGGACGACGACGGCACGCUGGUCUAGGAUGGCCCCGGCAGAGGCCUCCCUUCUCUCCCUCUGGCUGUUGGGGUUCGUGGCACUCCAGGCUCGCGCAUGUCCCGCCACCUGCCGCUGCUACAGCAUGACCGUGGAGUGUGGCUCUCUGGGCCUCAAAGAGCUGCCGGCCAGCAUUCCCCCCUCCACCCAGACAGUCUUCCUCCAGGAUAACAGCAUCACGCAGAUCCACCAACAAGAUCUGGCGUCUCUUUCGGGCCUGCAGUACCUCUACAUGCAGAACAACACCAUUUCGGCGCUGGAGCCCGGCGCCUUCCGCACCCAGGACCGGCUGCUGGAGCUGGCGCUGAACGGCAACCGCAUCCACCUCAUCAACAGCAGCAUCUUCAAAGGCCUGGAGCACCUGCGUGUCCUCUACCUGGCCGGAAACCAGAUCACCCGUCUGCCGGACUUCACCUUCUGUGACCUGGAGAGGCUGCAGGAGCUUCACUUACAGGAGAACAGCAUCGAGGUCCUCGAGGACCAGGCGCUGGCCGGACUGUCCUCGCUGGCCUUGCUUGACCUCAGCAAGAACAACCUCCGCACCAUCAGCCGGAUGGCCCUGAGGCCCCUCAUCAGCCUGCAGGUGCUGCGGUUGACAGAUAACCCUUGGCGAUGCGAUUGCUCUCUGCACUGGCUCAGUAGCUGGAUCAAGGAGGAAGGGCAGCGGCUAUUGAGCCCUCUGGACAAGAAGAUCGUGUGCUCUGAGCCGCCGCGGCUGGCCUACCAGAGCCUAAGGGAUAUCUCGGGCAACAGUUUGAUCUGCAUCCCACCCAUCGUGCAAGUGGAUCCGCUAGAGUUGACUGCCCGACUGGGAGACGACCUGCGUGUCUCCUGCCAGGCUUCCGGCUACCCGCAGCCGCUGGUGACGUGGCGCAAGCUGGCGCAUUGGCGAUCAGGGGGCUCCCGGGCCAGUGGGGCCCGGCUGCCAGGCGGCACCUUCGAGCUGAGUGAGCGCAGCGUGGGGGAACGCUUCGAGCAGUCGGACACGGGCAGCGGGAUGCUCUUCCUGAACAACGUGACGGUGGCCCACGCGGGCAAAUACGAGUGCGAGGCGUCGAACCCCGGCGGGACGGCCCGCGUGCUCUUCCACCUCAUGGUCAACCUGUCCCAGCAGCAGCAGCUGCAGCAGACGUCGCGGGGCUACCCGGCGUCCGUGGACAUCAGCCAGGAGCCCCUCUACGACAUGGAGAGCAUGGACUUCAACGCUCUGAGCAUGGCCACACAGACUGCCAUCGCAGUGGCCAUCUCCCUCCUGGCAUUGGUCGCCCUCCUCCUGGUGAUCAUGAUCUACCGUAAACACCGAAAGCGGGAGAAGGCCAAGAAAGAGGAGAACAUCCUUUAUGUCAACGACUACUCAGACGGGCCCACCACGUUCGCCCAGCUGGAGGAGUACCGCGACGAGAGAGGCCACGAGAUGUUCGUCAUCGACCGCAACAAGCCCCUCUUCGCCACUUACAAGGACCCUCAAGGCCUGGUGGGGGUCUUUCCCGACCAGCUGCAGGACCAGGCCACCCAGACCCUGGAAGGGGAAGAGGACUGCCCACCGGAAGCCAGCGAGCAUUUCGCCAACCAGGGGUUGAUGUUCCAGCCUCAGAUUGCGUAUGAAAUCCACUGCUGA